UUUGGCUCCGUGGUGCCCCUGUGGAGUCGCCAAAUUCCCUACACGAUGGCCAAGUUUUUCUUCUUCGAAAAAAUUGUCGAAACUUUUUAUGACAAAGUUUUCACAAAGCCGAAAGAGAGUUAUUCGAAAGCCACGCAACUCGGAGUUACUUUUGCUUCUGGAUAUCUUUCUGGAAUUGUUUGCGCGGUGGUUUCUCACCCGGCGGAUUCUCUGGUCUCUCUUAUGGGCAAGGAGGAGAACAAAGGAAAAAGCUUUGGACAAAUGGCCCGGGACGUGGGCUACCGGCAACUCUUCACUAAGGGUUUAGGAACGAGGGUUUUGAUGAUUGGAACCCUCACGGAGCAGCAGCAGCAGCAGCAGCAGCAGGAGCAGCAGCAGCAGCAGGAAAGGCCAGAUGCGGUAGCCGCAAGUGAGCAACUGCGCUGCAGUACUGCCAAGAUGGCGUGGCAGCAGCAGCUGCUGCAGCAGCAGCAACUGCAGCAACAGCAGCUGCAACAGCAGCAACUGCAGCAGCAGCAACUGCAGCAGCAGCAGCUGCAGCAGCAACAGCUGCAGCAGCAGCAGCUGCAGCACCCACAGAUGCAGCAGCCGCAGCUGCAACAGCACCAGCUGCAGCAGCAGCUGCUGCAGCACCCACAGUUGCAGCAGCAGCAGCUCCAGCACCCACAGAUUCAGCAGCAGCAGCUGCAGCAGCAGCAGCUGCAGCAGCAACAGCUGCAGCACCCGCAGUUGCAGCCCCCAAUGGCUCGUAGCCAGUGGGCUGAGCAGCAGCAAGAGUGGCCUGCAGAGCAGCGCUGGCAGCAGCAGCAGCAGCUGCAGCAGCAGCAGCAUUUGCAGCAGCAGCUGCUGCUGCAGCAGCAGCCCCACGCACAGGCUUCUGUAGCCGGACUCGCCUCCUGGCAGCAGCAGCUGGGGCCUCCGCAGCAGCAUGUGCUGCAGCAGCAGCAAGCCCCGCAGCCGCUGCACCAGCAGCAGCAGCAGCAGCAGCACGGGGUGCCGUUGCAGCACAUGGGCUUCCAGCAGCAACCUGUGCUGCAGCAGCAGCCUGUCCCGCCGCAGCAGCAGCCUUUGCUGCCACCGCAGCAAGCUGUGCUGCAGCAGCAGCCACUGCUGCAGCAGCAGCAACCUGUGCUGCAGCAGCAGCAACCUGUGCUGCAGCAGCAGCAGCCUAUGCAGCAGCAGCAGCAGGCCUCCUCCCCACAAGGGGCCUCCAUAGGCCAGCCCCUCAAAGGGCCCCCUAGUGCAGCAGCGCAGGUUAUGUGGGGCAGAGAGGUGCAGCAGCAGCAGCAGCAGCAGCAGCAGCAGCAGCAACUGCAGCAGCAGCAGCAGCAAGUACCGCCGCCGCAGCAGCAGCAGCAAAUGCCGCAGCAGCAACAGCAGUUGCUGGAGCAACCGUUCGCAGCUGCAGAGGGCCACCCGCAGCAGCAGCAGCAGCAGCAGCAGCAGCAGCAGCAGCAGCAAGAAGAAGCAACUCGCGAAGCAGCGGCGGCGCCCCCAGAGAAGUGUGGGCCCCCCCCUGCGUCCGGGGAAGCAGCAGCAGCAGACGCAGCAGCAGCAGCAGCAGCAGCAACAGCAGCAGCAGCAGCAGCAGCAAGCACUCCUGCUACGGGAGGGGAGACAGCCGUGGGGCCGCCUGUGUCUGAUUCUCGCAGCAGCAGCGGCAGCAGCAACAGCAGCAGCAGCGUCAGCAGCAGCAGCAGCAGCAGCAGCAGGGGCGGCAUGGAGGUGGUGCCGCAAGUGCAGCAGCUGCUGCAGCAGCUGCUGCUGCUGGCUGGCUGCGAAGAGCAGCUCGAGCCCCAGGUUCUGCCGCUGCUCGUAGAUCUCUUUCAGCGCGAGUCGCUGCGCAUCUUAUACUCCGCAGCAGAAAUUGUGGACUACAGAGCCACGGGAGCAGCACAGGGGAGGCAGCAAAGGGGUUUAGGGUUUAUAAAGGGGGGCCCCCUGUCUCGGGGGGCCCCCCAAACCAGGGGCCCCCCAGUACCCAGGGGGGCCCCCCUGGCCAGGGGGGCCCCCCUGGCCAUAGAAGAAGGAGAUGCUGCUGCUGCGCUGCAGGAGUACCUCCAGGUGGAGGCCCCCCAGUCUUCUUCCAUUCAGGACCUGCAGCGGCUGGCGCGGCUGGCCAACACUAUGACUCUGGGAACUUCUGCUGCUGAGCUGCUGCGGCAAAACCGCUUGGGAGCAGCAUCAAGAGCAGCACUGGAGGAGGACAGCGACGCUGCUGCUGCUGCUGCUGCUGCUGCUGCUGCUGCUGCUGCUGCUGCAGCGCCAGCCACGGGGGCCCCCCCCUUCGGCAAAAAAAACAUUUUGGGAAAUGCCCCAGGGGGCCUCCCCCCUUAUUUGCCAGAAGAUGUAAACGCAUGCAGUUUAAUGCCCCCAUGGGCCCUCACAUUAGCGGACAGGGGCCCCCCGGAGGGGCCCCCUGGGGGCCCCCCAGGGGGCCCCCCUGGGGGCCCCCCUGGGGGGCCCCCCGGGGGGCCCCUAGAGGCCCAGGGGGCCCUCGGGGGGCCCCUACGGGACCCUUAG